UUACUGUUGUUCGGUCACACUGUUCGAUACACAAGUAAUCUUUGGCAACUUUCGAGCAAUCAUGUUGGUUAAGCACAUUGUCAAGCAGGGGCUUCUGUUCAAGAAUGUUGGCGCCAUGUCGCGUGCCGCUUACCACGGCGGUGGACACCACCAGCACUCCACCAUGAACGAUCUGCCCGUGCCCGCCGGUGACUGGAAGGAGCAGCACAGCCAGCAGAACUCCAAGUACAAUGCCGUGCUCAUCACCGGCAUCCUGGUCCUGGCCGGCACCAUUGGAUUCGUGAAAUCCUCCGGUCUGAUCCACUUCAACUACAAUGCCCCCAGGGACCUAGACUAAGCCAGUCACCCCGUAAAUGUAUAUUAAUCCGAAAUUUGUGUUAAAUAAGCUUAAAGUGGCGACAUAGUAAAUCACAGAUCCAAAAGUA